AUGAACGACGGUGAGAAGACUGGCGACAACCAGUAUGAGCUACCGCGACCGGAUUUCGUGACCAACAUUAUGGCACAAAUCUGACUAGGUCAAAAAAUCUAAAUUCUGAAGUUUUGGAAUUGUCACCUUCGCCUUCGCCAGUCAUACCUCCCGAUGACUCGAUCGCGGCUCGAAAUCUUCAGCGAUUAUGGCUAAGAGAAUAUGAGAUCUGUUGUUGCUUUUCACCUGCUCCACAAUAAAUCUGCGUGUAGGAGUUCCUGAGACUGAGUUUUUCCGUCUAUUUCCACGAAUGUCAAUGGCAACGAACUGGAUGAAUCUAUCUCCGCAACUCGCCAUAGCGGCUGAAAUUAGAAAGCCAUGAAAAGAUCAGCACUCUUUUUACCGCUAAAUUGGGAUCAUUAUCUUCAGAUAAUCAGAAAGAUGCCGAUCUAGAGGAAGUAUACAUGCGGUACCGACAGUAAUAAUAAAGAUCUGAAGAUAGUCGACGAUCACUCGCUGUUGCUGAUCGACCUGUGUCACACUGCACAAUGGAGGAAAUCUAAUUUUUGAAAUGCUCAUGAGUUAUCGGGUAUCCGUUCUUGUGAGUCGCGACUACUAUACAUAUAACUUUCUUGUUGCAACGAAAACGACUCAGCAACGUAAUUGCAUUCCUUAAACAAACCAACAGGACGCACAAUAUUCGUCGAAUCUAAUUUCACUACGAGUGUUAUAUCUAACAUUUCCACUCUUCAAAAUGUCUGACGAGGAUUACACCUUCGAGAAGGCCGGCGCCGGCGCUUCCCUGACCUACCCGGCUGAAGCUGGUUCCCUCCGUAAGAACGGACACUGCAUGCUCAAGGGAAAUCCCUGUAAGCAUUGUUUUUGACAUAUAUCGUGUCACUUUAGAUUUAUUUGUGUCGUGUGACAGUCCGACUGUUGUAACCGAGGGUGUGAAUCGUGUAAACGCGUGCUACGACCCGCUUCUCAUGGUCUCCCUCGAAAUGUACAGCUCUUCAAUAGGCGCAUUGAUUUAGACACCAGCUUUCUUACCUGUGGUUGAAGUAGAAUUCAUUUCAAUCAAAUAAACGCAUUACAGGCAAGAUCGUCGAAAUUUCCGUUUCCAAGACCGGAAAGCACGGCCACGCAAAGUGCCACAUUGUUGGCACUGAUAUCUUUACCAACAAGAAGUACGAGGAUUUGUGCCCGUCCACCCACAACAUGGACGUGCCGAACGUGCAACGCGUCGAGUACCAGCUCUUGGAUGCUGACCGUGACGAGGGAUCCGUCUCCGUCCUCUUGGAGAACGGUGAUACCAAGGAUGACUUGAACCUCCCCAAGGAAUCCUCUGGAAACUACGAGGAGACCGCCGAGCAGCUCUUGACCGCCUUGGACGAAGGUAGGUGUUUAGAUUUUGUCUGUCCUGCUCUUCCUCGCGGCUUGCCAACAAGAGGGCGUCAUCUCUAUGAGCAUUAGCUGCCGCAAUCACCAAAACUAGAAUGAUAGAGAUGCAAGGAUGAUAUUUAGACAUAAGGCAGAGCACACCAUACUCUGCUGUGUUACGAUUGCGCAUAUCUAAUCACCGAGUCACUUCAGUACGCUUACUCCUGUCCGACUUUGUUCUCACCCCAGCGGACCACUUCACCUCCACAUUCUCAUCCAAUUAUUGCUAAAUUCUCACAGGUAAGUCCCUCUUGGUCACCGUCUUGGUGUCCAUGGACAAGGAGAAGAUUGUCUCCUUCAAGGAAAUCCAAUCCUAA